CCAGGCUCCACACAUGUAGCCCCAGUAAAGAGCAGCACACAGCUGAGAGAACAACUCAGAGAAGAGAACUGAAGAAGGAAAGUGGAGAUGGACCUCAUCCCAAACUUUGCCCUGGAAACCUGGGUUCUUCUGGUUACCAGCCUGGUGCUGCUCUAUCUAUAUGGGACGAAGUCACAUGGACUUUUUAAGAAGUUGGGAAUUCCUGGGCCGACACCUCUGCCUCUUUUGGGAACUCUUUUGUCUUACCGCAAGGGAUUUUGGGACUUUGACACAAAAUGUUAUAAAAAGUAUGGAAACAUGUGGGGGUUUUACGAUGGUCAACAGCCUGUGUUGGCUAUCACGGAUCCCGACAUGAUCAAAACAGUGCUAGUGAAAGAAUGUUAUUCUGUCUUCACAAACCGGCGGCUUUUUGGUCCAGUGGGUUUUAUGAAAAGUGCCAUCUCUAUAUCUGAGAAUGAAGAAUGGAAGAGACUACGAACGUUGUUGUCUCCAACCUUCACCAGUGGAAAACUGAAGGAGAUGUUCCCCAUCGUGAGCCAGUAUGCAGAUGGGUUGGUGAGAAACCUAAGGCAGGAAACAGAGAAAGGCAAGACCAUCACUGUGAAAGACGCCUUUGGGGCCUACAGCAUGGAUGUGAUCACUGGCACAUCAUUUGGCGUGAACAUCGAUUCCCUCAACAACCCACAGGAUCCCUUUGUGGAAAAGACCAAGAAGCUCUUAAAAUUUGAUUUCUUUGAUCCUAUACUUCUCUCAAUAAUACUCUUUCCAUUCCUUACUCCAGUUUAUGAAGCAUUAAGUAUUUCUACAUUUCCGAAAGAUGUUAUAGAUUUUUUAAAAAACAACAUAGAAAGGAUGAAAGAAAGUCGCCUCAAAGAUAAACAAAAGCACCGAGUAGAUUUCCUUCAGCUGAUGAUAGACUCCCAGAAUUCCAAAGAGUCCCAUAAAGCUCUGUCUGAUCUGGAGCUUGUGGCGCAGUCAAUUAUCUUCAUUUUCGGUGGGUACGAGACCACUAGCAGUGCUCUUUCCUUCAUUAUGUAUGCCCUGGCCACUCAUCCUGAUGUCCAGCAGAAACUGCAGGAGGAGAUUGACAUGGCUUUGCCCAAUAAGGCACCUGCCACCUAUGAUACCCUGGUACAGAUGGAGUAUCUUGACAUGGUGGUGAAUGAAACUCUCAGAUUAUUUCCAUUUCCUGGCAGACUUGAGAGGGUCUGUAAGAAAGAUGUUGAAAUCAAUGGGGUGUUCAUUCCCAAAGGGGUACUGGUGAUGAUACCAACCUAUGUUCUUCACCGAGACCCAAAGUACUGGACAGAGCCUGAGGAGUUCUGCCCUGAAAGGUUCAGUAAGAAGAACAAGGACAGCAUUGAUCCUUACGUAUACCUGCCCUUUGGAAGUGGACCUCGAAACUGCAUUGGAAUGAGGUUUGCUCUCAUGAACGUGAAACUUGCUCUACUCAAAGUAAUGCAGAACUUCUCCUUCAAACCUUGUAAAGAAACGCAGAUCCCCCUGAAAUUCAGCAGGCAAGGAUUUAUUCAACCAGAAAAACCGAUUGUUCUGAAAAUUGAGUUAAGAGGUGGAAGCGUAAGUAGAACCUGACUUUCCCUAAGGAAUUCUGCUCUGUUCUUCAAGAAAGCUACAUCUAAGAACACCAGAGACCCCAACGUACUCUGUGAAUAAAACCAAGAAAUGAAGAUCGGCUUAGCCUACUGCACUUGAAGAAUGAUUAGAGAUUCUGCACAUUCACUGAGCUCUCUCAGUGUCUGUGUAAAAGACUGUAUAUUGUGUAAUACAAAGGAGGUGACUAAACCAGUGCCAGAUAGGUGGACUCUGCUUCUCUGGUUCUCAUAGCAUGAUCACCCACCCCCAGUUAGUACCACCAACGCCUUCUCAGCUCUGAUUAGAGAAUACACAUUUCUCCAAUCUAUUCUAUCAACAAUUUUUUAAAGAAAAUGAGAAUUAUUGUGGUGACUCUAGAAGUGGCAUUCAUGUCUCCUGUGUUGUUAUAUUCUAUAAAAAGUGUUAUACUGAGCAAAUCAAUAAACACCUCCUUACAAAAAGUA